CUUAAAGUCGCUUGCGAUCCGCCAUGAUAGAAAAGAAGAAGAAGAAGAAAGGAAAGCUACCGCUGAUCUUCGCUCAGGAACUCGCUGCCUCCUUCUCUCCUUUAUCGGUUUGAUACUUGGAUUGAUAAGAUCCUCUCUGGUGAAAAGGUCUGCGAUCUAUUCCUCAAAUCACAAUGAUCACCAGGAGAAGGAGCCGUGCCACGGAGACGCCGUCUGAGGUGGAAGUGAUGGAAGAGGUGGAAAUGGGGCCAGAUGUGCUCUGCCCAUCCGAAGCGGCUGCUGCUGACCAUCCAGAUCCUGCAGGGAUCCAGCUGGAAGACCUGUUUGAAGAUCUGAGAUGGUCUCUAGAAAAGGACGCUUCCUCCCCCCUGUUUGGCAUUGACCUUACGGAUCUAGAAGCAUAUGAUGUCACCAACUCUGGGUUCGACAGCUCGUCCUGCACGUCUCCAGAGAGAAGGUCAUCCGGUUCCAGGAUGAAACACCGACAGAACCAGGCCAGCCACGUCAUCAACAAGAACGCCAUCGCUGCCAGGAUGAAUCGCCUGAAAAAGAAGGAAUAUGUCAGCAGCCUGGAGAAGCAAGUUGGCCUCCUUUCGACGGAGAACACGGCGCUCAAACAGGAGAACUGUGAGCUAACUAAGCGAGUGGAAGAGUUGGAAGAUGAAAGCAGGUAUCUGAGGGCUGUGCUGGCCAAUGAGAGCAUGUUAGCCCAACUCUUGUCCAGACUGAGCGGUGUGAAUGGGAUGAAAUUAUCUUCCUCACUUUUCCAGGGGCCUCUCUCUAACGACCAUGAUUAUGCGUUGCCCAGGAAACGGGUGAAAGUGGAGGAGAAGGAGGCGUCUGCUGGCGUGUGCCUGCAUGUGGACAAGAACCACGUGUCAGUGGAGUUCUGCACUAAGUGUGCAGCGAGCGCAAGCGCCUCGCUCCAAAUUUUCUUCUAGGUUGUGGUUGCUCCACCAUGGGGGAUGAGUGGCUUUCUGAUCACCUUCUCCUGCUUGGCGCCAUGUUCUGACGAUGGGAGAUGAAGAAGCUGGACACGCAGCUGCAACGUGGCCCUGUAUUUUUUUAAAGGUAGUAUCGGUAACAAAUGGUAUCAGUAAUCCAACCAUCACCUCAUUCUACUUGUGUAGCUCUGGAUGGUAUCUGCAGAGCUUCAGCUCUCUGAGCACCUCCCUUCAUUCUGUUAUAUUGUACUUAAAAAAAUGAAACUGACAUAACAGCUAAGUUUAAUUUCAUUAUAAAUAUUUUUUCUUUUGGUGAAAAUGCUCUGAGAAAUGUUGGACAAAUAAAUCUCAUCUUCUUUGUAAAAUACCAAA